ACCGGGAGGCGGGGGCCGCGCAUGGGUGGGCGCCGCUGAUGCCGCCGCCGCCGCCGCGCCGCCCUCCGAGGCUGCGUCCCGGGAAGCCCGGCCCCCCGCGCCCCCCGGCCCGGCCCGGCGCCCCGGACCUGAGCGCGCCCCCAUGGAGGCGCCCGGGCUGGCCAAGGCGGCCGCGGCGGACGCCGACGCCCGAGAGAGCUCGGGGGAGACCCCCGACGGCGCGCCCGCGCACUUCCCCGGCCCUGGGGCGCCCUCGCCGGAGCCGCCCGCCUACCGCCCGCAGGACUUCGACACGCUGGCCACCGUGGGUACGGGGACGUUCGGUCGCGUGCAGCUGGUCCGCGAGAAGCAGAGCACACGUUUCUUCGCCCUGAAGGUGAUGAGUAUCCCGGACGUCAUCCGCCUGAAGCAGGAACAGCACGUGCACAACGAGAAAUCCGUGCUGAAGGAAGUCAGCCACCCGUUCCUGGUCAAGCUGUUCUGGACGGGGCACGAUGACCGCUUCCUGUACAUGCUGAUGGAGUUCGUGCCGGGUGGUGAGCUCUUCAGCUACCUGCGCAACCAGGGCCGCUUCUCCAGCUCCACCGGGCUCUUCUACGCCGCGGAGAUCGUCUGUGCCAUUGAGUACCUGCACUCCAAGGAGAUCGUCUACAGGGACCUGAAGCCGGAGAACAUCCUGCUGGAUAGAGACGGUCACAUCAAACUCACGGACUUCGGGUUCGCCAAGAAACUGGUGGACAAGACGUGGACCCUUUGCGGGACCCCCGAGUACCUGGCCCCCGAAGUCAUCCAGAGCAAGGGCCACGGGAGAGCCGUGGACUGGUGGGCGCUCGGCAUCCUCAUAUUCGAGAUGCUUUCGGGGUUUCCUCCGUUUUUUGAUGACAACGCAUUUGGCAUUUACCAAAAAAUUCUUGCAGGCAAGAUCGAUUUCCCCAGGCAUUUGGACUUCAGUGUCAAAGACCUCAUUAAGAAAUUGCUUGUUGUCGACAGAACCAGGAGAUUGGGAAACAUGAAGAAUGGAGCAGAGGAUGUGAAACGGCAUCGGUGGUUCCGGACCAUGGACUGGGAGACUGUCCCAGAAAGGAAACUGAAGCCUCCCAUCGUGCCCAAAGUGUGCAGCGAGGGCGACACCUCCAACUUCGAAGCUUAUCCCGAGAACGACUGGAACAUGGCCCCUCCGGUGUCACAGAAAGAUCUGGAAGUCUUCAAGAAUUUCUGAGCAUGGGCUCCCCACCUGGAAGGUGAGACCCGAGUUCAGCUUCGUUACAGGAUUCCGGAGCUCUGUUCUGCAGCUGUGGGACUUACUCGUGCCUCUGUGUGUGGACUCCUGCUUCUCGGCAGGUGGAGAUGGAUGUUAAGACAGCUGGCAGGGGACCUCUCAGCUCUCUGUGCCUUGUAGUUCUCUUCAUCAUAAAAUGUUUUUUUCUGGUUGUAUAAUCCCACAGCAAAGCACAUUGAAACUAGGAUCUGUUUUUGUUUUGUUUUUUUUGCGGUACGCGGGCCUCUCACCGUUGUGGCCUCUCCCGCUGCGGAGCACAGGCUCCGGACGCGCAGGCUCAGCGGCCAUGGCUCACGGGCCCAGCCGCUCCACGGCAUGUGGGAUCUUCCCGGACCGGGGCACGAACCCGUGUCCCCUGCAUCGGCAGGCGGACUCUCAACCGCUGUGCCACCAGGGAAGCCCUAGGAUCUGUUUUUGCUUGAGUGAUGAAUCUCCCUUCUCAUCGUGGGUGAGGAGAGGCUAGUUCUGUGCAUGUCAACACCAUAGAACAUUAAAAACCCACCUUUCAAAUAUUGUUCCAUGUCUCUUAUUAGGCAUCUUCUCUCCUUAAAAUUCAGGCUUGUGGGUCUUUGCAGUAAGAAUUCCAAAGGAAAGUUGGGUUUCUUUCGUGCUAUUAUUGUUGUUGUUGUUCUUAGGAUGACAAACUUUACCCAGGUGUUUAAAAACUAACAAAAUCCUUUGUCUAAUUUCAUGCCAGAAACAGGGUGAUUUGAGCCUGCCUGGGACAGAUGGCUGCCCCCAGGCAGACCUGAAGAAGCAUCUUCUUAAUGGGAUAAGGACUUUUCCACAUUUAUAUACACCCAGAUGUAUAUAAAGAGAUUGCAGAGCCGUUGACAUUUGUGGACCUAGAAUUAUUUAAGCAACUGGAAAUCGACUGCACAGUAGGACAUUUUGAAAAAUUGUUUGGUUGUAGAUUUUAUCUUCUUUUUAGGCUUGUGUUCCUACUGGGAUAUCCUGGGGUUUUUUUUCUCAUAGACUUUAUAAGUUUGAGCUGAACUUGUUCAGAUACAACCACAAAUUGCGUGUGUGUGCCUGUGCGUGUGUCUGUGUGUGUAUAAAAAGGACGGUGUGCCUGGAUCAGGGAAAUUGUGCAGUGAAGUAAAUGUUCCUACUUUCCAGAGCCUAUGGUGUUUCGUGUUUCACAUUUUUUUCCAAGAAUCUAUUCUCUUGGGGACAAAUUUUAAAAGUAUGAUAUGUGCAUUUUUUGUCAUCUUAUAUGCAUUUUAUGGUUAUAUGUGAAGAAAGUAUCAUACGACGGUCUAUAUCCAGUAUCUUUAAUGCUUUGUGUCUGGUAGCCUUGGGUCAUGAAUCCAGGACGACAGGGAAGGAGAUGUGGGUUUGGACUUUAGUGCAAGGCUAGCCAUUGGCCAUGACUGUUAUUCAAGGAAUUUUCUCUGUUGCAUUAAAAAAAUCUCAUACUCUGUAGGGGGAUGGCUAUCUAUUAAUAUUCCAGGUUAAAUCUGUGGACCAAACUGCAUCUCCCAAAGCAAACUCGUAGCUUUCUGUAUUGGCUCAAUGAACUUAUGCAAAUGUUUUCUUUUCCCUUUGGUUUUAGGAAAAGUAAGAAACAAAACGGGUACGAUGGAAGUGUUUGAACCUCCCUCGUUUCUGCUUAGUUUUUUACUUCUUCUUGUCAAUGUUCAGUCCAUCUGGUGUCAUAGACCUGGUUGGCUUGUGCCAGCAUAACCGUUGGGUGAGAUUCGUUUCUCUUUGGACGUGAUGGUGAGGGUCCCCUGAGGAGUGCUCUGCUGUGCCUUCCCCUUAGCACUGAUCUUGAAAGCCACGUGCUGAGUGGGUCGCCAUGAGUGUGUUGCUGUGUAAAUAUGGGUCUUCCCAGAAGCAGUGCCUGGGCGGAGGGCCUUGGUGUCUGUCUGGUCCCUCGUGCAUUUCCUCCUCUCCUCUCUGCUUCUGCUUUCCGAUUCCAAACUUUGCUGUGAAAAUCUGAAGCCGCCGCCCAUAUUCUGUUGGCCGUGAGUCAGCUGAAAACACAGCAUUGCUCAAACCUGUUACGUAUCCGGUCGUAGGGCCCAACCACGGCCUUCUCCGUGGAGGUCUGUGCGUUGAAGAAGUAGGUUCCAGAGCCUUCAGUGGCGGCAGGGAUGCACCCGAUAGAUCUGCGAGAUCGCCUCUCCUGCAUCCUCCCUUUUCCUGCCGAGAAAGGUCCAGCUCCUUGGGCAGCCGGCAUGGGGCAGAGGUGUGUUGGUGUCAAGCGUGGGGCGCCCCCUGAGCUCUCGGCCCCCUCCCAGGCCUCUGCAGCUCAUGUGUUCUUGGGGUACCGGGCAGGUUCUUGGCCAUCAACACUGCUUUUCCUGGGCUGGGCCAGGAAGGCUUUUCUUCCUAUAGCCCCUGCCUACCUCUGUCUCUUCUGCAGUCACAUCUGGGGGUGUGGAGAGCUGCCAUUUGCAAAAAAUCAUACAUUUUUUUUACCGCAGCAAAAAAGGUCCAAGGAGAUGCAGUCACCUCUCACAUUUGGCCAGUUUCCACUCACGAAUCCAAAGACGAGGGCUGUGUGUAUCUGAAGGUGACGUGAAGGCAGCUUACACCUAUAAGAGCUUUACAUUGAAGACACUAAAUCACCCCCUUCUCAUAAAUGACCUCGUCUUCAAAAACCAACUCCAUAGGUGAGAGUGAGUCCAAAAUUUAGUAAAAGAAACCCGUUACAAGGAGUAGCUCAAUAAAAAUUUAUUUUCCGAGGGUGCGCUUGGAUAAAUGUUCCCACAGAACUGUGUUUUCAGUCUGUACUUUUCAGGCGCCGUGCUCUUUGGAUGAAGCCAUGGGCCAACAGGGGCUAAAAUUUUACCGUGUAAUUUCUGCACUGUUUCAUCGUUGAAUGUCAGAAGGUUAAAUGAGCAAAGCAAACCUGCACGGAGGUGUAGACACACGAGGAAAAAACAUGUCUUGUGUCUUCUGACUAUAAAGAUAAACAAUUAGGGCUUCCCUGGUGGCGCAGUGGUUGGGAGUCCGCCUGCCGAUGCAGGGGACGCGGGUUCGUGCCCCGCUCCGGGAGGAUCCCACAUGCCGCGGAGCAGCUGGGCCCGUGAGCCAUGGCCGCUGAGCCUGCGCGUCCGGAGCCUGUGCUCCGCAACGGGAGAGGCCGCAACAGUGAGAGGCCCGUGUACCGCAAAAAAAAAAAAAAAUUAUUAUUUGGAGGCUUAUACUUAAAAAAAUACAAAAUAAAUGAAACACCUUUCUUGAACACAAUGCAAAAUGGUACAUACACACGAUCCCUAUGCGUGUUUUUUUGGGUUCGCUCUUCCUGUCCAGGAUUUAAUCUAUGAGAUGAAAAGAGUCCAAGAAUGCAUGAAAACACACUGCCUUAAUUUUGAACAAAUAUGCAGGGAAGACAAAAGUUCAAAUGCAUUGAUGACUUGGUUCUUUAAAAACGUUGUCAUUGACCAUCAGCCACGCAAAACAUUGAAAGUGAAGAGGAAUUCCAAGAGUACCACAUGGUGUUUGUCUCACCUUCCAGACCCUCAGGCCCAUUUAAUUACACAAAGCGUUACCUGCCAGUGACCAGGGCAUAAAUUACAUGGUUUGACGUAAUGCAAAGAUGGAUGUGAUCAAAGUGAGUCUUAAGCACAUGGCAUGCUCCCCGUGUAUGACCGAAAAAUUGUUCCCUCCCUGGAGGCCUUCUGCCGCGUUCACAUAUCGGAUCAAAAAUAAUCAGGGUGCAAAGUUUUGGAGAAAAUUCACAUCCAUCAGCACAACAUUCAGAGCCGGAAAAGGACAGAUUGAUUUUUGUUUUCUGCAAUUUUGACAAGUUGGUAAAUGACAAUGCUAUUUAAAAAGUCUUUAGGAAACACAUGUAUUGCAAGAGGUGGAUUGAGGCGGGUCUUGUUUUCCUAAGGGGAUUGUCGCCAGCCUGCUUUGAUAGGCAUCUGUAAAGCUGAGAAGGAGAUGAAAUCACAGCUGACCAUACGGCAUAAUGUUCAUGGUCACAGAAGCUGGAAUCCCCCUCAGCAGAAAUGUAUCGUUUGCCAGCAAUGGAAAAGUCGUGAUUUAUGCUCUCCACAUGUCAAAAUACGCAAAAGAAACUCCAGUCACCAGGUAACAGGUGUCCAUGUCACACCGUCACGAUGCUUUAAAACACCACCUCCUGUUGUGCUCCUGGGGCAGCUGCACCAUCAGCUGUUUAUAAAUGUCUCGCGCAGUGUUUUGUUUCCUUCUGUCCGUCUGUAUGUCGGGACUCCCCUGCUGCCAGCCACAGCGUCACCAGUAGCGCUGAGCAGUUGGGUGAUAUGACACACAUUUGCCCUUUCUACGUACAACCUAAGUUGCCUCUCAGUUCGGAACCACUUGAACUGUGAAAUACAGCUCCAUCCUGUUCCCGCGAGACCCCGACGCACCGCCCUGUAGGCACCGAGGGCCGCCCACCCAGGUGAACGCUGCAGGCUGCAGCAGGUCCCAUCAGAACAUCAAAAUCCUCACGUUAGCUGCAGGUGCAGGAAAGAUUGGAUUUUUUUUUUUCCAGCCCUUUGAUUUUGCAUCGCGAAAUUUACACCAUCACAGAAGCCCUUGAUGGCUCCCAAUUAAGAGUUGAAGGGACACAUGCCUGCAUUAUUCUUUCUCCAGGGGUCCGUCUCCCUGGCAUGUAUUUUACACCUGUUGGGCACAUCCUACGUACUGUAUGUACCCUCUAGCCCUGUUUCUGACUAAUUAGUUCCACUUCCCUGGAUGUUGUUGAGUUACCAAAAACAAAGAGAAAAACACAGGCACAGUUGUCUUAGUAUGUUUGAGUAGUUGUGUGUGUGUGUGUGUGUCUGUCUGUCUGUCCUGUUGGAGGUGGAAUGGGGGGGGAUGCUUUCACCAAGCAUAAUGUUUUCAUAUCAAGCUUGUUUUUGCAGACCCUGUGGGGUUGCAUCCAAGGAGCAGUGCUUCAUAAUCAAAAGGAAAUACUCUGUAACGGUUUCCUCUAAAUUAUUGUGUCUUAAGAUGUUCUAUUGAUCUUCCAUGGUGGACUUUUGUUAUUUAAGUACAAGUCAUUACAUGUUUGUUUUUGCAACUGGGAUGUGAAGCCUUUCUGCUCGCAGGCCGUCUUUCCUGGUUCCCUGAGAUGCUUUUCCAGCUCUGCAGGGCCGUCAGAGCUUCCUUCUUUCUUGCGGGAUGAAGUUCCUGGGCCAGUGUGGCACGUCCCCAGUGAGUCACACUGGGAGCCCCGCCGGGUCAUCCCAGCUUCUCAUGUGGAUUAAAAAACCCUGUCAAUUCCUUGCACAAUGAAAAUCACUGUGAUUUGUAUAUAUACCCUAGGAAAAUUUUACUGCUGUCUAAUUUAUGGAAUAAUACUAUUGAUUCCAGGUUUGUUUAAUAAAACUUUGUAUCUUUUAAGAUAAA